AUGAAUGAGAGUUCAAUAUAUAUAUACAAUUUAACACGUAAUGUAAGCAUCAACCAUUUAAAAGAAAUUUUUAUGAAUUUCGGUACGUUGAAGGAUGUUGAGUAUGUGAGGUACGUUGAAGAAAGUAUGCGUCCUGACAAGGGAGAUGGUAAAGAUGAUGAUAAGAAGGAAGAUAAUGAUGUGAAAGAAAAUAAUGAUUAUAAUGAUGAUAAGAAGGAAGAUAAUAAUGAUGAUUAUGAUGAUGAUAAUAAUGAUGAUAAUGAUGAUGAUGAUAAUGAUGAUGAUGAUAAUGAUGAUGAUGAUAAUGAUAAUGAUGAUAAUGAUAACGAUAAUGAUGAUGAUGAUGAUAACGAUAAUGAUGAUAACAACAUUUGUGUUCAUAUAAAAUAUGAAAAUUCAAAAGAAGCUCAAACAGCUAAAGAGUUUAUGGACGGUGGGCAAAUUGACGGGAAAAUAAUUUCAGUCAAAUAUAAGAUAAACCAUAAAUAUAUAAAAACACACAAAAAAAAAAAAAAAAAAAAAAAUUGA